GAAGUCCGGGCUUCAGGACCCUGGCGGGCUGGGCGAGCUGUGAGGUAGCUGAAGGCACGCAAACCUGAGUGCCGGCUGGAAAGCCUGGAUUUGGCUAUGGCAUUGCUGUGUGGCCUUGGGCAAGUCACUCUCCGUCUCUGGGUCCCACUUCCUUUCCAAUCUGAAAACAGGAUUGGCUUCCUGGCAGCUGGGGCUUUCCUGAGGAGCGGCGGCAUGGAGGCUCUCACCACUCAGCUGGGGCCGGGACGCGAGGGCAGCUCCUCUCCCAACUCCAAGCAAGAGCUGCAGCCCUACUCGGGAUCCAGCGCCCUUAAACCCAACCAGGUGGGCGAGACGUCGCUGUACGGGGUACCCAUCGUGUCGCUGGUCAUUGAUGGGCAGGAGCGCCUGUGCCUAGCCCAGAUCUCCAACACCCUGCUCAAAAACUACAGCUACAAUGAGAUCCACAACCGCCGCGUGGCCCUGGGCAUCACAUGCGUGCAGUGCACGCCGGUGCAGCUGGAGAUACUGCGUCGGGCCGGGGCCAUGCCCAUCUCCUCUCGCCGCUGCGGUAUGAUCACAAAACGAGAGGCCGAACGCCUGUGCAAGUCGUUCCUGGGCGAGCACAAGCCCCCCAAACUGCCCGAGAACUUCGCCUUUGACGUGGUGCACGAGUGCGCGUGGGGCUCUCGGGGCAGCUUCAUUCCUGCCCGUUACAACAGCUCUCGUGCUAAGUGCAUCAAGUGCGGCUACUGCAGCAUGUAUUUCUCCCCCAACAAGUUCAUCUUCCAUUCGCACCGCACACCCGACGCCAAGUACACUCAGCCCGACGCCGCCAACUUUAACUCGUGGCGUCGGCACCUCAAACUCAGUGACAAGUCGGCCACCGACGAACUGAGCCACGCUUGGGAGGACGUCAAGGCUAUGUUUAAUGGCGGUACGCGCAAGCGGACCUUCUCCCUGCAAGGGGGCGGCGGAGGCGGCGCUAAUAGCGGGUCUGGUGGUGCAGGGAAGGGCGGCGCUGGUGGCAGUGGCGGUCCAGGGUGCGGCUCAGAGAUGGCCCCAGGCCCACCGCCCCACAAAAGUCUGCGCUGCGGUGAAGACGAGGCGGCUGGGCCUCCCGGGCCACCUCCACCGCAUCCGCAGCGCGCACUUGGCCUGGCGGCGGCAGCUAGUGGCCCUGCAGGACCUGGAGGACCUGGGGGCAGCGCAGGGGUUCGCAGCUACCCGGUGAUUCCAGUGCCCAGCAAAGGUUUUGGCCUCUUGCAAAAGCUGCCCCCGCCUCUUUUCCCGCAUCCUUACGGUUUCCCCACAGCAUUCGGCCUAUGUCCCAAAAAGGACGACCCAGUGUUGGUCGCCGGAGAACCCAAGGGAGGCCCUGGCACCGGGAGCAGUGGGGGCGCUGGAACCGCCGCGGGUGCCGGUGGCCCGGGAGCUGGCCACUUGCCUCCAGGAGCAGGGCCCGGCCCUGGUGGCGGCACAAUGUUCUGGGGACAUCAACCUUCCGGCGCAGCCAAGGACGCAGCGGCGGUAGCUGCGGCAGCUGCCGCCGCCACUGUAUACCCGACGUUUCCCAUGUUCUGGCCAGCAGCCGGGAGCCUCCCGGUGCCUCCUUACCCGGCCGCUCAGAGCCAAGCUAAGGCCGUAGCGGCCGCGGUGGCUGCGGCUGCUGCUGCAGCGGCGGCGGCGGCUGGCGGGGGCGGUCCUGAGUCUUUGGACGGUGCCGAGCCAGCUAAAGAGGGCAGCCUCGGUACGGAGGAGCGCUGCCCGAGCGCUCUAUCCCGCGGGCCCCUGGAUGAGGACGGUGCGGACGAGGCGCUGCCACCGUCUCUGGGUCCCCUGCCCCCUCCGCCACCGCCACCUGCUCGCAAAAGCUCCUACGUGUCAGCCUUCCGACCCGUAGUCAAGGACGCAGAGAGCAUCGCUAAGCUCUAUGGCAGCGCGCGCGAGGCCUAUGGCUCCGGACCUGCUCGCGGGCCAGUGCCCGGCACGGGGACCGGAGGGGGCUACGUGAGCCCGGACUUUCUGAGCGAGGGCAGCUCCAGCUAUCAUUCUGCCUCGCCCGACGUGGACACCGCGGACGAGCCGGAGGUGGACGUAGAGUCCAACCGCUUCCCCGACGAGGAGGGAGCCCAGGACGACACCGAGCCCAGCGCACCCAGCACGGGAGGUGGCCCAGACGGCGACCAGCCUGCUGGGCCCCCAUCUGUCACAUCCUCAGGUGCAGACGGCCCCACAGACUCUGCGGAUGGCGAUAGUCCUCGCCCUCGCCGUCGCCUUGGGCCACCGCCCGCUAUCAGAUCCGCAUUCGGGGACCUGGUGGCCGAUGAUGUGGUGCGGAGAACUGAGCGGAGCCCACCAAGCGGUGGCUAUGAGCUGCGAGAGCCUUGCGGGCCCCUAGGAGGCCCCGGGGCGGCCAAGGUGUAUGCGCCUGAAAGGGACGAACACGUGAAGAGUACGGCGGCGGCGGCGGCGCUGGGGCCCGCGGCCUCUUACCUCUGCACCCCAGAGACCCACGAGCCAGAUAAGGAAGACAAUCACUCGACGACAGCCGACGACUUGGAAACCAGAAAAUCCUUUUCAGACCAAAGGAGUGUCUCCCAGCCAAGCCCUGCAAAUACAGAUCGAGGUGAGGAUGGGCUCACUUUGGAUGUCACAGGAACUCAACUGGUGGAGAAAGAUAUCGAGAACCUGGCCAGAGAAGAAUUGCAGAAAUUGCUUCUGGAGCAAAUGGAGCUUCGGAAGAAGCUGGAGCGGGAAUUCCAGAGUCUCAAAGAUAAUUUUCAGGAUCAAAUGAAGAGGGAAUUGGCUUAUCGGGAAGAAAUGGUGCAACAGCUGCAAAUUGUCAGAGAUACCUUGUGUAACGAACUGGACCAGGAGAGGAAGGCCCGCUAUGCCAUCCAGCAGAAAUUAAAAGAAGCUCACGACGCCCUGCACCACUUCUCCUGCAAGAUGCUGACACCCCGGCACUGCACCGGCAACUGCUCCUUCAAGCCUCCGCUGCUGCCCUAGCGCCGGCUUGGCCGCGCCCACGCGCCCUCAAGCCAUGCUGCUCCUUUCUGUAAAUACCCGCUGCAGUGGCGGCCCAGAGCGAGGAACAAGCCAUUAGGACCUGACCGUUGUAAAUACAGCCGCCCGCCCGCCAGUGCCCAGCCGGGCUCCACUGGGUUUCCCACUGUAAAUACUGCCUCGCCCCUCCUUUGAACUCCAGGGCAUCAGACCUCAAGGGGUAAACUGGACCCACCGGGGAAAGAAAGGGAAGAGGGGAGACCUCUUCUACGACCCCUCCCACUCGGGCCCGAGUAGGGCCUGGGACCCCGAAUGUGAAUAUAGUGUAGCAUCUUUGCUGGCUAUGGCCGUGCACUCCCCGUCCUGUCCACUUCUGAAACUCUUGUUCCUAACGACAACGUGGCUAUGUGCAAUGGAGACAAACUGGACUGUGAGUCUCUUGGUUCAGUAUUAGGUUCACUUUAUUUAUACUGUAAGUUAUUUUACUUCCCCUGGGCCCCUUUCCAGUCCUCGUUUUACAUUCAUUCCUCUUUGGAUUUGCUUUGUGAUUUUGUUGUUGUUGAUGUUGUUGUUGUUGUGUAAUGUAACAGCACUUUAAAAGGGCGACAACUGACUCACGAGAUGGCGACCAUCUUGAGCCUAUUUGGGGAGACCUGUAUCCGUGACUUUGUUUUUAAUAAAAAGAAAAAAAAAUCUGUUACUCCUUGGG